CGGCCAACCCACUCCAACGGCUCUCCCUCCUUGUGCCCUCACCAUUGUGCGCUUCUGGAAGAACAAGCCCAGCUCUGCAGGGGGAGGAAUCCCGCCCCCUCUCACUCUGAUUGGAUGGACGGAGGGGGAGUGACGUGAGGCAUCGGCGUCCUGUGGUUGGCCAAUGUUACUGUCAGUCACAACAGGCCCGCCCACCACUCUCGCUUGCAGUCUGGCGUCCGUUGCCUGGGGGAAGCUAUGGUAACCUGGCACCAACCUUAAAGAAGAUUGGCGGUUUCCCGAAAGGAUUCGUUAAAAAUGGCCAUCUAUGAAAUUUAUUCCCACCCGUCGCUAAUUCGUUACAGAACAAGCAUUUUCACCAAAGCCACGCUGUUCUUAUUGAUAGUUUUGCUGCUCACGUACAUCCCGCCGCUUUUGGUUGCUUACAGGAGUCAUGGUUUUUGGUUAAAAAUAAAUACGUAUGAAGAGCAGCCAACUGUUAGAUUCCAGUACCAAGUUUUGAUGAUUGCUGGAACCAGCACAAGUGGUGACUUUGUGGCUUGGAGCACGUUUGAGAACUUUAAUAAUCUGCAAGGGGACAACCUUCGAUACCCAUUAGUGACAGCUAUGGAAGAGGACCAAAAUCAGGAUGGGAAGAUGGAUUCUCUGAAUUUCCGCCUGGAGCUUCCACUCCAACCAUCAGAGCAAGUUUACAGUGUGCAAUUUAUUCUGACAUUUUCAUACGAGCUUCUUAGAAUGUCUACAUUCAUAAUGCAGAGUAUGGCAUAUGCCUAUUUCUCAUCCUCCAUACCUGGGUCUCAGUUUACUGUGAAUGGUGACUUAAAGCUACAUCAACGAGAGCCACUUCGACACAAAGGUCUUGACACACGCUAUAAUGUUUCAAUAUUUAAUGAUGACAGUCCAUUUGCAAGUGCCUUUGACCUGGCACAUGUUAUUGCAUCAUAUCAAGAUAGAAAUGUAACAACAAUUUUUACCAAUCAGUAUCCUGUGUGGACAGCAGGAAGAGCUGCUGAUGCCCCAUUUGUGAUUAAUGCAAUCAUCAGAUAUCCUGUGGAAAUCAUCACCUAUCGUCCUGGUUUCUGGGAAAUGAUUAAGAUCGCUUGGAUCCAGUAUGUCAGCAUUCUUCUCAUCUUUUUGUGGGUCUUUGAGAAAAUUAAGCUCUUUGUCUUCCAAAAUCAUGUGUUAACUGCUAUAAUGGUGCCACCAUAUAAGCAGCACCAAUUGUAACUAACUACUAAAGAACAUCUUGUAAAACGUUGCUAAUCCCACAUUCACAGCAGCAAUUAAAUGUAUAACAAGACAAGUUGUCAUAUCAGUAUUUGAUCCUUAAGUGCAAUUUACUUCUGUAUAUUGCAGGUUGCCUUAAGAGCAAAUUCAAAUCUGUAUUCCUUGCAUACCUGUGUGAACCAAGGGAUAAAUACAGUUAUAGGGAAUGUUCUAAUCACAACAUUUUCCUCAGCAAAAAUACAUUGUUCCCUAAAACACCCUUCAUAGAAUUACAAGGAAUUUUACAGCAGAGAAACAGGCCAUUCAGCCUGUCAGAUCAAUGCUUGUGCUUAUCCUCUAUACAAGCUUCUCCCGCCUUACUUCACACUAUAUCAACAUAUAGUCCUAGACCUUACUCCCUCAUGUACUAUCUGUCUUCGCCUCAAACGCAUCUAUGGUUGGAAAUUACUCAUGCCUUGCAUAGAAUAAUGGUGGCAAAUAGUGUCAAUUUAUAAUUUGGUUUACACUUCUAUAGUUCCACUUUGUUUCAGUAUAAAGCACCAGAUUUAUGAGGUAUUCAUUAGAUAAUAUCUAUGUGAAGUUGAUGGGCUUCCAAUAAGAAGUUAGGAAAAAUUAUAAAGAUUUUAAUUAUUUUAUAUAAGAGCAUCAAACUUCCAUUCUCAGCUUUCACUGUUUAGAGCACUGCAAUAGAAGCAUGAACAUAAUGAUCCAAUAAUAGAUUGGAAAAUUUAAUUGGAGGUCAUUAAAAAAACCUUGCAUUUAAAUGGUCUCCUUGCAAAAUUUUCAGAACUUGUAUUGCUAUCUGAAUUAAAGUUUGUAAUGUGUGUCUGUGUUAUUGCAGGUGCAAUUUCAGAAACACACAUACACUAUAUAUGUAUGUAUACUGUGAGAGGAUAUAAUAUUUUGUAACCAUAAUCUACGAUACCACUGAUUUGCAAAUCACUUUGUGCUUUUAUCACAUGACAAUCUGACGGUGUUAUCAGUAUUUAGGCAUUUGAAUUACAUGAUUAGACCUGUAAUUUGAACAGAGUUGUAUAUCAUUGGUAAAAGCAAAUUACUGCGGAUGCUGAAAUCUGAAAUAAAAACAAAAUACUGGAAAA